AUGGAGACAAGCUGUUCAAUUGCGUGCAAAAACUCUGGUUGCUCGAACUCAGUCGUUUUUGAUCGUCGGUGGCACGGCCAAUAUUGCUCUGCUGAUUGCAUCGUGAAGAAUUGCCGCUUUGUUUUUGAGAAUCGCUCAAAAGUUCGCAAUCCAGCUGACAAGACAGAGGUUAUCGAGAUUUCUUCUCCGGAGUACAGUACACGACUCGAAAAUCCUAACCCAAUUCCUACAGCCGAAUUUGUGGCCUGUGAUGUCACUAAAGCAGGACAUCUAAACUCCAUCUCUAUCGAAAUUGACGAUAAAGAGCCCCAAUGUUCCCAGAAUUGCAGUUAUAGCUCACAUGUUGAUGUUGUAAAUAUUCCGCAUAGUGAGAGUAAAAAUGAAUUCAUUUUAACACAGGUUAUUACUUCCUAUGGGCUGGGUUCGUCUAGGGCGAGUCGUUCCUGCUUUCUUUUAGCUAUAUGGUUUGGAAUUUUAAUUUGGGGUUAUGGAGUUGUCAGAGGAGUCCAACUUCUAAUAAUGUCGGCGUAUUUAGCCUACUCUGUACAAACACCUCACAAGCCGUCUGCUUUUACGCAGCCUCAUCAGGAUUUCGGGUCCGGUUCAGGGUUCACAUGGAUUCCAUUCAUAGCUUCUCUACAAGGUAUAGGCACUAAAUUAAUUGUCAUGCAGAUGAUUUUCGUUCAUACUGCUACGAUGAAGUUCUAG